AAUACAGAAAGAUUACCACAAAAACAAUAUUGAAAAUAAAUCAAAGUCCUAAUAUUGAAAAUCUAAAUAUUAAACCUCAAGUUAAUGACCAACUUUGUAAAAAACACUAUAAUGAAUUGAUUGUUUAUGAACGAGGUAAAUAUAAUAUUGGUCAAAAACAAAAAAGUGAUAAAGAUAAAAGUUAUCAUCAAGGAGGAGCAU